GUGGUCGCCAGAUUAAGAGGAGCGCGAAGAAUUUUUCCGAUAACAAUUCUACGGUCAGCAUUUUGACGUUUGUACCGAUGGCCGAAGAUCACGACCGCCUCCUGGUCUGUCGGGCUGAGAAUCCUCGAGUGCCUGACGCAGUGCUUGAAGACAAAUGGAGACUGAAUGUACACUAUGUUCCGAUCGUAACCUUGAAAUUGGGGACAAGUCUUAAUCCAAAUUUCAUCAAAGAAGGAGACGACGUAUAUUUCGAAUGUAACGUCCAGGCCAACCCGAAAUCUUAUCGGCUUACCUGGUAUAAAGGGACCAAGGAGAUCCAUCACAACGCUAGUGCGGGAAUCAUAUUGAGUGACCAAAGCCUGGUGCUCCAGAGCGUGAGCAGGUUAGAGGCUGGCGACUACAGCUGCCAUGCUUUCAACAGCGAAGGCAGUACCUCCAGCAAUCCUGUUUCAUUGCAGAUAAGAUGUAAGUUUUAUAACGUUUCAGUUUAUUUAUAA